AUGGCGACUCCGUCUUCCAAACCAAAUCCCGGCGCAACGCCAACCCAUCUGACUUCUUCUCCCCGCCCCUCUGGGCCUAUGGCUCGACCUAUAUCGCACAAAUCACCAUCAACGAGGACCCCAUCAGCUUCGGGACAUGCUCAUAACCACCAACCAAUUUUGACGCAUCAGAACGCCACACCUCUGGCUGCAGCCACCGGGGCUGACGAUCCCGUCACUCUCAGCUCCCCAUCGGCUCUUCUUGCACUCGGUGGCUAUGGUGGGAUUAGCCCGUCUCCCGCAGUCCAUGACGUUUUAGUAGCACCCGGUAUGCACGACAGCGACAUUCAGGCACUCGGUAUGCAAGGCCUGAAACUGGGGAAUGCGCGCGACAGCGACGAUGAGCGGAGGAGACACAUUGAGGACGUGGUUCAGCUUCUACGGACGCGAGUCGCGGGAAGAGGUGUGUGCAGGGAAGGCAUUGAGCGACUGGGCCAGCUUGAAGGCUUUGAGUCGAUCUGGCAGGAGGAUAGCCUCAGUAUUGCGGGGAACUUUGUCGACCUCGAAAUUGAGUUCUACCGUGCGCAGAACACCGUGAAGGAUGUCAGCCUGAAUAUCGCAACGCCAGAAGCCACUGACGGCGAACGUCGGGAAGCUACGGCUGUCCUAAAGCGUGAUUUGAUAGAAUCGCCUGAAGACGGAGGACGGAGCUCUUGGAAAACUUUGACUAAGUUUCAUGAGAAUCUACAGUGGCUUGCUAAGCAUGACAGACUCAGCCAAGAAGUCAACUGUUUUGAGGCCAUAGAAGGCCUCUACGAAAGCCUGAAGCGUAUCUGGGAUGAAGAAGGGCAUCACCGCAAGUUUUCUGGUAUUCACGAUCACCUCUGCAGUGGCUGGGUUGGCCAGCCGUGUCUGCAUCAAGGAGGCCGGGUUGGCCUCAACUUAGAGUACUGGGUACAUCAAGCACGCGUCCUGGACUCCAAGCAAAAGAAGGUUUCUCCGGAUGACAUGGCUAUAGAUCAGCCGUCCGUAUCGUCGAUGGGUGGCGAAUCAGGGAAUCAUAACGGCAAAUGGAACAUCAUAAUAGAGUGUGAAGAAGGAUACCCGUCGCUCCGUGUGUCCAAAGAGUGGGUGAACUCCGAAGUCUUUACAGUCGUGAACAACAAUGCGAACGAACCGUCGUCGAACGAGAUGGGAGGGUCUGAUGUUGCUGUUGUUAACUGGGCAGACCCGCCGGCGACUCUUUCUUCCCAAGGCCAACAAGAUGCAAUGGCGCUCGAUUCAGGCAUGCUAGGAACCGCACCGAAUCGGCGGUUUGUUGCGAGAAUGGAACCGCCCCUUGAACUGCCAAUCUUGGCAGCUUCGGACAUAUACAGACAUCUGGGCAUUCAGAUGCCACAAGAGUUUAAGAUGGUAACUUACGAUGGACUCUUAGCACCGGGAUGGUCGCCAUUAUCAGCGGCGGGAGCUAUGGGUCUUGGGCCUGAAGAAGCAUCCCAGCUGGGUCGCAGAAGGCGCAGGAUGGCCGUCCAGAGCGUUGAUCAGGAUGGCAAGCCAUGUACUAAACAACAUAGCUACACUUUCCAACCCUUCGAAUCUGUUGCUGGGCGUACGAUGCGUGAUAUCCCAUUUGCGCACCCGCGGCAGCUUGCAGAUAUUCUUCCGCAAUCGGUGAGAAAAGGAAGAAAAAGGAAAUAA